CCCGGCCCCGAGCAUGCUCAGUGCCGCCCUGACCUACUUUCCCCCGCCGGAGCCGGCAGCCGCGGCGGAGCGGCGGGCAGCGCUGCGGCACGGCGCGGCACGGCGGCGCCCCGUGAUCGCGGACUGCGGCGGCGCCGCGCUCCGCCCGCCCCGGCCGCGGCGCCGGCAUGGUGCUGCGCGGGGCGCGCUGAGGGGCGCCGCGGCGGGCGGGCGGGCGGGCGCUGCCGCGGGGCGGCGGCUGCGGGCCGAGCGGAGCACCCGGCGGCAGGAUAUUUUAAACAUAAAAUUGCAUGGAUCAAAGUAAAACUCUCCUGUGACUUCCUCACCUCAAAGGCCUGCAUUCAACAGUCACCUAUCCCAGUUCCCAGCCAGUUGCGUAGCCUGCUGAAGGAAAAUGAACAUACUGAACAGCCACCACUUUUUGUACUUUCUGCCUACCACAAGCCUUGUCAUCUUAUUAGCAGCUGUGACAACUGCUGAAGAUGUGACCAAUAGCACUUUCAACCGCACUGACACGAACGUGGGAUCUGUGCCUGCGGUCAUCUCCCGCAUCGACCAUAUUAUAGUCAAGGAGGGGAGUAGUGCCUUGAUUGACUGCAAUGUCCAAGGUAAUCCUAGUCCACGUUACAGAUGGUACAAUUCCAAUGGCCGCUUGCUACAAGAGGAAGAGAAUAAAGCAGGAAAAUGGUGGUUUCUUGACAAUGGGCUACUAAACAUUACCAGCGUCUCUUUUGAAGACAGAGGUAAAUACACAUGUGUCGCAUCUAAUAUGUAUGGCAGUGUUAAUAAUACUGUGACGCUGAGGGUUGUCUUUACUUCUGGAGAUAUGGGCAUCUAUUACAUGAUUGUCUGCCUUGUAGCUUUUACCAUUGUUAUGAUUUUGAACAUUACCCGGUUAUGUAUGAUGAGCAGUCACCUGAAGAAAACAGAGAAAGCAAUCAAUGAAUUUUUCAGAACAGAAGGAGCAGAGAAACUCCAGAAAGCCUUUGAGAUUGCUAAGCGUAUCCCAAUUAUCACUUCAGCCAAAACGCUUGAGCUUGCCAAAGUUACUCAAUUCAAGACCAUGGAAUUUGCUCGCUAUAUUGAGGAGCUUGCUCGAAGUGUACCUUUGCCACCUCUCAUCAUGAACUGCAGGACUAUAAUGGAAGAAAUUAUGGAGGUUGUCGGUCUGGAGGAGCAAGGACAGAAUUUUGUACGGCAAACAGCAGAAGGCCAGGAAACCACUGAAACAGAUGAGGUGUACAUGAUCCCUAAUGCUUUGAAGCGCAGUGACUCUCCCACAGCUGACUCUGAUGCAUCGUCACUGCAUGAGCCACCUCAACAGAUUGCAAUAAAAGUGUCAGUUCACCCAUUGUCCAGAAAGGACUGCAUGGAUGGUCAGUCACAAGAAAGUGUGCAGUUGGACACCAAGGAAGAAGACACUCCUCAAACACCAGCACUUCCUACAGAGCUCCCUCCUGAGCCUUCUGCUGAACUCAGUUCUGAUGAUACAGCAUUGGCAAAUGACAAAAAUACAUGUGUUAUAUAUGAAAGCCAUGUAUGAUAGUUACUCUUGAAUCUAUGCAUAGCAGGAAAAUCAGGAGCUCUUUUAAAAAUACAUAUUGUACUUGCCGCUAAGCCUUACCUGGAGACUAUCAUAGCAAAAGCAUGUAUGUGGAUUAUUUGGCACUUUCUUGUUAAUUUGACUUUAGUUUACCAUGAUGUAUGGCAGAGUAAUUGCUAUUACAUUAAUAUUAAUUGCUCUUUUGGAUUAGGAGUUUUUCCAAGAAACAUUUACCUCAGCAUUUUCUAGGCUGGUGUCACCUGUAGUGGCCAACUGGCAGUCAUUGGUAGUGUUGCUGUAGGACACUUGACCUUACUAAACAUAAAACUGGUUUUCAUUUUCCUCCUUCGCUCUCAUUAUUUCCAUCUGUUGCGUUUUUGCAAAUAUUAUCUCAUGAAUUUGAAAAACUGCCCAAGAGGCAGCACUCCACUAGCCAAAUAAAAUCCUAAUAGAUUCCAUUUACAAAGCCUCUUUGCUGAGCUGCAUUGUGAUUUAGAGAGCUAUUAAAGAAAGUUAAAAUGUUUCCAUUUUAUUUGAGACCAUGCUGCUUAGGCACAAGGGAAAUAGUUUACCCUUUUCCAUGGAAUGAAAUGCCAACAAAUGUUUUUUCACAUCAAGAAACAACUUGGGUGCAUAUUUUACAGACAGGAAAGCCCUUCAAAUCUGACAGAAAGCUGCAGUCACAAAAUUCUGCAGAUUUUGUGCAUAUAUUUGACUGUCUUUGACUUUGCCAGAAGUUCAUAAGGAAAGCAGUUGUAAAUGUGCAAAAUAUGUUGUUCGGUAGUAUUUGGUGGGAGUAAGUACGUAUUACCUUAACAGAAGAUACACAGGUGCAUUAAGAAUUAUGCAAACUCCAGUAAUCAGCUGAUUACUGAAGUGGCAGAAGACCCUUUUAUUGGACUUCUCAUUUUUGUGCAGAUUAAUAUUCUGAGGAUCAAGCUGAAAUUCACCUAUAAGCAUAAGCCUGAGAGUGUUUUAUUGAAAUUAAAAUUAAUCAAGUGUCCUGUGAAUUUACAAUGAUGAUUGUACAAACUGUUUACUGUGUUAAAAUUACUUGGGUAAGGUGUUCACUGCUCAGGUAUGUGUGACUCUAUCCCAAUAAAGCUUUAAUGAUCAGGGCAAUUGUGGCAUUGAAAAGAUCAAUGCUUAUCCCAGGAAAUGCUUGAAGUGGAAGGGAAGUGAUAAUUUCUAUUGCAGACAGACAAUAAAAAGAACCUUCUCCUGACUAAGUCUGGAAAGAAAGCACUUCUAAGGAGGAGUUUGUGCAGGAUUAAUAGCAUAUUACUUCAUUAUCUGACACACACUCAGUUUGGAACUGGUGAACUGGCACUUUCUAAGAAGGAUUAUGGUGUACAUACAGAUACUCAAAGUAAAUCUGGAAUCUAGUGUACUGAGGAAAAAGAAGUCAGUUAGGUCUGUGGGAAGUGAUCGAUGGCCAGCUCUCCAGACAUUUUCUUGAAGUAGUCACAUCUGCACAAGAUGUCCUUUGGAGGUGAUCAGCUCUAUUAACUGCACAGGUAAUUGAGACAAAAUAAAAUCAAUGUAGUUGCAGCUGUCUGUAAAAUCCCUUGAUAAUGAAUGGGGGUUCUGUGAGGACUUCUUUGUGUUAAAGUUCAGAGCUUCACUAAUAUUGUAAUAAUAUGAACAAUUCACGACUUAUGCAGGUGAUGCAAAGAAGGCUUCAUAUUUACCUUUCUGUGAUUACUAAAAAAAGUACGUUUGAUAACAGACUCCAGAUUUUGUAAUGAGGCUAUGAACUUGUGAAAAUUACAGCAUCUAGUUGCCUGACAUUUGAUUGUGCUCACCACUGUGGCAGAUAUCUGAACAAAAUAUAUUUGCACAUGUCCAAAAGGAAACAUGCAAAGCAAAGGCUCUUUAACAAUGUGGCUGAAAGUAUUUGAGUUAGAGUGAAGCAAUAUAAAUCCAGAACACAGGGUAGAUUAUGAGAACACCAUGAAGAACCUCACUCCUGAUCAGCAUGAUUGAAAAUACUACUGGAUACUACAGAUCCAAGCUGUGAACUCCUUGUUUGAGUCCAAAGCACAUUUCUGUUAAGUGUUCACAUCAUUUUUUCUUCAAGUCACUGAAUUUGCUUUUGGUAUGCAAAAGGAUAAGGGCAGAAACAGCAGGAACUUGCACUAAAUUCUUUUAGUUCACCUUAAUCUACUGUAAAGAAGCAUCUUGAUUUUCCUGUCUGUCCAGCAUUUACAAACAUAGGUCAUGCAUUUUAAAGUUACCUGCUUGAUGCCCAGCAGUCAGAUUACUUAGAUGAGCAAGUGUGUUCUCCUUCAAAGUUGAAAAUAACUUUAAAACUACAGUUUAAAAUUUAAAGACAACUUAAAUUAAUGCUUUAAAAUUAUUUCAUGAUAUUAUACUACAGUAUUUUAGUUUUUAUUAUUUUAAAUUAUGAUUUUUUAACAGUAGAGUCCAGACUCCUUCAUGUAUUCACACAGUGAUCGAUACCAGGCAGUUCUGAUCCUGACUGCAGCCCUCAGGCUGUCCUCCAACCUGUUUAUUAUUUAUUUUUUGAUAAACAUUUGAGAGCAAACAACUCCCACAGUUUUCAUUAGUAUCUCCAUGUAAAUGUAGUAAUGUAAUGUAAUCUCCAUCUUCCUUGGAGAUACAGAUUAUGUUUUUUUCAAAGGGCUGGCCCAAAAAAGCAUUUGUAUAAAGUACUCCCAAAAGUAUGUUUUGAACUAUUUCUGAGCUACAGUUAUUUGGACCGGAUGCUUGUAAAUGGUACAGUGUAGAAUUACUGGUCUCACAAAGUCAAAGGAAAUUUUUCCUUUGACUUUACUGAAGCUACAGUCACUCAAAAUUUAGACUUCACAGGUAAGACUGGUCUAGCUAGUCCAAUAUAAAGACUUUUUCUAGUGACCUGCAGUAUGUUCAGAAAAAUGGACAUGCUUUUGUGCAUUUAGCUCUGUGGUACUUAAUGGAAUAAAAACAGACCAGCACUGUAUCUAAAGAAAAUAUAGAGUGUUACGCUUCUGUUUUAUAUAUUUAUUCUAUUUUCAUGUAUGCUGCUCAGUCUUCAAUAUCAUUAUGCAUUUGUUAUUUCACACCUCUAAGCAUAAAGCUUUUUACAUGCUUUCAGUCACCACUUUUGCAGGAGAUACGCAAAAGAGUUGGCAAGCGAGAUCCAAACCCAUCUUUUCUCUUCCUUUGCUGGCUGCAUGCCCAUAAAGUAGAGAAUUUUGUCUUGCAGUACUUCUGAAACAGUGCAAGAACUUUUAUGGUGCAAGAACACAAUUAGCAAAUAUAAAAUUAAUUAUGGUUCUAAGGAAACAUUAAUAUUUGCAUUGUUGUGGAUUUUCAUGCACCUUAAGCACCUGAAGGACAUCAGAGUGGUAAGUUCCCAUAUGUGGACUAUGCACACCUUUUGUUAUAUUGUUUUAUUUAUUAUGUCCACCAAACAGUAAUGGUUCUUAAAAGACUUCAAAUAUGGAAAAUCCUGUCCAACUGAACUUGCGUUCUACAACCAUAAGGAAGACCAAGCCAGCUUUAGGAAGAAAAAAGAGAUGUGCAGGGUAUAGUUAUGUUAUUCAAAAUACUUCUGCCAAAACUUCAUAAAAUGUGACUUGAUUUCUGCAGCACAAGAAAUCAGUGUUGGAUUUGACUUUUUACACUUACUAUUCUUUUUGCACUAAAUCUAAGACAAUAUUAAUCAGAGCACUUGAAUGUAGUACUAUCUACUGACUCACCUUUUUCUUUUUGAGCAGCACUUACUGCUGAUCUUUUUCAUUGUCUCAUACGCUUGUGAUUAAACCUACCAUUCAGUCAUUUUGGAUAUUGUCUUUAAAGAAAAUAUAGAUCAGUGUUUUAAUGUAGGUUCACUGGUAUUAGGUUGGCCUGAUAGCUGUUGGCUCUUGUGUUUUAAUUUAAUUAAUGUAUAAUCACAAGCAGAUUAUGGUAUUUAUGGGCAAAUGUUGAUUCUUUUUUUUAAAAUCGGUGCCUGUUUUAUUCAAAUGUAUAUACCAUGUCAAUUCCUCAAUUUGCAGUUACCCUUUGACAUAAGUACUGUAACAUAUAAUCAGGGCUUUCUGACCUUCAAUUUGAUUCAGAGCAACUAAUUCUGAAAAGUAUUAACAGUCAGUGUUGAAUUUUAAAAGUUCUCACGGAAUAACGUGGCAGUACACUAUUUAAAGUGUUGGCCUCCUACGUAUGUCAUACUUUGUGGGACAACUGAAAGCUUCUUAGAUGCAAAGAAAAUGCUUGCACUAAAGUAUCUUAAGUUUUAUUUCAUUAAUUAUGAAAUCUUUUUUAAUGUUACAAGAAAUGUAAGACAAAUAUGAAUGUGUUCUUUUGGGAAGCAUAGUUACUGUAUUUUGAUUUGAAUAACUAUUAUGAUUUUAUAGUUCACAGCUGUAAACCACAAAGAGACCAGUUCAUGCUGAAAUGGCAAAAUGAAAUAUGAUCCAGCUUGUAAAUUGAUCAUUGUUUCAAUAAAGAAUUUGCACAGUA